GUCGCUGCUGGAGCUGCGUGGAUGGAGGCGUACACGGGGGGCGGUGGAUGCGCGGGGCGCUAGGCGCGGCAGGGACUAUGAUGCCUGGGGAGACACAGCUGCCGCCAGCGGGGACUGCUGCCGCCGCCGUGCCCUGCAAGAACUGUGGUGUUCUCCAGCAGAAUAUAAAUGAAUAUGUAGCUGCAUUAGUUGCACUGAAGCAAAAAAUGAUUCAUGGCGACCGUUUGCUGACGGAGUAUCAACAGAAAUGCACUGAGCUACAAUUUGCUGAAAGGGAGAUCUCUGCUUUACGUUGUCAAGUGGAACAGAUGCUACAGAAAAUCCUGCCUCUGGAAAAGGGUCAGAAAGAGUUGGGUUCCUUGAAGGCAGAGUUGGAAGAGAAAAAGAGUUCUCUCAAGAUUUAUCAGGAGAGCCAACUGGAAUGUGUUAGAAUUAAAGAAGAAAUAGUUAAAAGUGAUGCUGUGAGAAAGAAACUGGAAGCAAAAGUGAAGAAACUUGAAGAGGCUGCAACAAAGCAUACACAAGACUUCAAACAACUGAAAAUUGAAAAGAAAAAACUUGAAAAAGAGUUAAAGAAGGCACAGGGAAAACUUGAUGGUGUACUUAAAGAGAAGUGCAGGAAGGUUAAACAUGCAGAGACCCAGAGUUCAAAUGAAGAUCUUGCAACUGAUAUAGACAAAGAAAAAAUAAAAUUCUUGUUGGAGGAACUCUGGAUGUGCAUUGACAGUGCAAAAGAAAAAGGAGAGAAGCAGGAAAAUGAUUCCACCUUGGUUUCUGCUCAGGACAAAGCAUGGCCUGGGAAAAGAAGGCUGUUUGUUACAAAAGAAUCUGUACAGACCCACCGGAAGAAUGGGAAGCAUGGUGGCAAAACACUGCCUUGGCAUUCUUCAAAAGAAAGCACUGGAAAGCAAAAUUCUGUAACAGCUCUGCAAUUUCAAAUGACUACUGCGCCUCUUGGAAGUGACUGUCUCGAGAACAGGACUACUGAAGAUUAUCUGCAAGACUGUGAGGAUAAAGCUAUGGAUGUGAUAGUGCAGAGAGAUGGUAGUCACAGUAGUUCAGCCUUCUCUGAUCAGGAGCAAAAAGGCCAAGGUGGAAAUGUGAUGGAUAUAUUGAACUGGGUCAGGCCUCUCCCUGCUCUACUUUCUCCAGUACAGCUUUCACCAGUAUCUACACAGGAUAUAUUGUUUGGAGAACUCACAGGUUCUAGCGAUGAAGAAGUUGAUUGCACUGCUUCUGCAGUGGAGUGUAUUUUACAAGAAGACCAAGUUCAGCCUCAAAAUUGUAAUGUAUUCAAACUGAAUGAGGAAUGUAACAGAUGGAACAAACCACGUGGACAUAGUCUUGAUGCAGAAACUUCAUAUAACUCGAGUAGAACAGAAAAGGUUGUUCAUAUUGGCCCAGAGACAUUAAUCAAAGAAGAGAGAAAUACAAAGCAAUGUGAAGUUGCUACUUCAAUUACAAAUACAGAAUCUAACAGAGAAUGUUUGGAGGAGAAUUCUGAGAAUAAGGAAACUGCAAAGAGAGAUCUAAUGGAAGCAACAGCAUAUGAAUUGGAAGCCAAAGAACAGAAAGGAGAUAUCAAGAAGAUGCACAAUGAAGAAAGGGUCUCUUCAACUCAUUCUAUGCUAUGCAGUUUCAACCUUCAGAAUCAAAUAGAAAGAUGUAGUGAGGUUGAGCAAACAGAGGAGAAUGUGAUCUUAGUCAGAGCUGGUGGUUACGAAGGUACACAUGAAAAGUAUGGGGAGUUAAUGAAAGCAGAACAUGAAAGAGAAAUUCCCAAGGCAGUAUACAUUCCACAAAAUGUUACUCAUUUGCCUCCUGAACAAUACCUUGUUGUACUUCAAAGAAAAGAUUCUAAGGAGAAAUCUGGUAUGUUGAUAGAGAGUGAAGUGGUUGAAAAUGAAUGCAAAGAUGCAAUAAAGGUAACUAAUACGGCAAUUAAUGUUGAGGAAAACAUCAAACAAAUGGUAACUGGAGAGGAAGCUACAGCUGCAAUACAGAUACAAGGGCUCUGUGCAGAGCCUAACAAUGAGAGAGAGCUCUCUGAAAAUGUAUCGUGCAAUUUCAGUAACUCUAAAUCUUGCUGUGAAGCCAAGUGUCCUGAAAACUUAAUAAUACAGUAUGAUGGUGAGGGAAUAGUUAAGGAGACUGAUGAGUGCACUGAAUCUACUGAGAUUUCUGUUUGUUCUCAGUGCUCUGAAAUAAGACAUGAUAGUGAAAAGAUACUGGAGAAACAAUGCAUACAUACACUAAAAUGUGAAAUAGUCAGAAAACAUGAACUGGAGACAGCUCAGGUCUCUCAGUGUUACUCACCUGUAUCUGCUGUUGAAGGAAUCAAACAUUCACUGUAUGUGGAUGACGUAGACAAAAAAGUAUGUGUGGUGAGAAGUGCUUCAUUGGCCUUUCCAGAAGAUGAUGGACAGCUCAAAAUUCAAGACAUAAAUAUAAUCAGACCCAAAUCUGUUGAACCAACUAUGAAACUGAGCAAAGAAAGUGUUCUUGAAAUAGCUGAAUCAUCAGACCUACUCCAUAGUGCACAAAAUGGAAAGUUACUACAUGAGAAGGAAAGAGAAGAUUUAAAAGGUAAAAAUCAUCAGUAUUUUUUCCAAGGGAAGUCAGAUUUGGGAAGUAUAUCUGCAGUACCAAAGAUGACAUGCAUUACUGAUGCAGAAAGCAGCAUAGCAAAGUGUAAAUCAUCUGCACUGGAUUUUACAGAAAGAAAUGGUGAACUGAAACAACCUGAAAGUCUAUGUAGUACCUUAGAAUGUGGGUUGUCUACAACUCAGAACUUUAGAGUGAUUGAAUCUCAAGAGACUGAAUUCAAAGUUAAUCAAGAAGAUUUUAUAGGGGAAAGCAGUAAACUGCUAGAAGAAGCGGAUACCAUCCAAUCUGUCUUAGUAGAAAGUAAUCUUACUUCUCAAACACAAUUUGGAAAACCUCAGAAUCAGUUCUUGGCAAAUGCAAAUGCUAAAUGUGAUGAAACAAAAGCAGAAGUCAACAGUCAAAGCAAGGAAUUGUUGAUUGAGGCUUGUUCCAAUUCAUUUAAGGAGAAAAAGAGUGUUGUGAAGAAAAAUAAUGUUUCAGAGGUCGUACAACAGCCUUCUUCAGAAAUGGAUUUUAGUUGUGGCUUUGCUCAGUAUUCUCAAAUGGACUUGAAGACAGACUGUAUAAAUUCUAAAGAACCAGGUUCCCCUGUUCAAGUGAGAAAUGACUUGGAAUCUACUGUGCCUAGUGAUACAAAUUUCAGUCUUCAGAAAGUUGUCAGAGUUGUUGAAACUGAUUUCACAAAAAAUUCUGAUGUUUCCCCUGUAUGGGAAAAAAAAAGGAGAUAAAAAUUGCAUUGUGAGUAGUGCACUGAAUUGUUCUUUAGAAAGCUUUAAGGAAGGUGCUGAGAUCAUGUCUACUGAAAAAGUUAACGUAUGCAAAGAACUGGACUCCUGCUCUGAGAAGUACAUACACAAAAAUGAAGGGGAAGUUCCAGGAGAGGAGUUGCCAAUAGAUAAAGAACCCAAGACAUCUGUUGAAUUACAAAUCCUGCAUGCAGACUCUGAUAAAAAGAAUACCUUAACCUUUCAAAACGUUAUUUGUCAAGAAUCAGAAUGCAAGAUUUCUACAUGGGAAGCUAGAGUAGAUCCUUCUAGAACUUGUUUAGUAACAGCUGGGGGGAAAAGCAAAGUGUUGAAUGGGUUUGAGGCAUCUGAGGAAAACAGCAUUAAAAGAUCUAGAAAUGCUUUUGAUAUUGCAGAGCAGAGUAAUGAAUCUAAGGAGGACUGUCCUCUACAAAAAGUCAGAUGUGUGAAAUGUUCUGAAUGUGUUCCCAUGUUCAGAAAGGAACUGAGAGCAUCAACAAGAAUUGUAGUGGAUGCUCUGGAAGCUGGUGCAAUUGUUGAUGCUGGUGACCAACUACGUGAACUUCAUUCAACAAUGCACUCAGGAAAUACAGUGACAGGUAGUCAUCUAAAA